GUGGAAUUUCAGACACAUUGCAAGAUUCAAGUCAGCCAUUCUGCGCCCUGUUUGCACAAGCCUGGACAUUCCGAGCCGCGUUUCUCCCCUUCUACUACUUAUUGCCUCUCUCUGUACACCUUUAGAAAUUGGCCUUGUUUUUAGAUGUUGCCGAACGGGUAAGCCUUUUGCCCACCGAUGUUCGCUUCCAAAUGUUGCCGAGCGAGGCCAGUGGCGGACCAGUGGUCUCCGCACAUUCCGACCAUGUCUUUAAGUUGCUGCUUGUGGGCGAUUCGGGCGUGGGGAAGAGCUGCUUGCUGUUGCGAUUCACCUCUGACACAUACGACGACAUGACGCCAACUAUAGGAGUGGACUUUAAGAUAAAAUCCGUGAUAGUGAACGGCAAGAGAGUCAACCUCACCAUCUGGGAUACAGCGGGACAGGAGCGGUUCCGAACACUCACCAGCUCAUACUACCGGGGGGCCUCGGGAGUAAUUCUAGUGUACGAUGUGACUCGCAAGGAGACGUUUGCGAGUCUGUCGGACGUGUGGGUGGCAGAGGUGCAGCAGUACUCCACCCUGCCGGGUUGUGUGCUCAUGCUCGUUGGCAACAAGGCUGAUAGGGAAUCGGACCGGCAGGUGGGCAAGGAGCAGGGGGUCGACCUGGCGCGCUCCUGGGGCUGCCUCUUCCUGGAGUGCUCCGCCAAGACUCGCCUCAACGUGCAGCAGUGCUUCUCCGAGCUCGUGCACAAGAUCAUGGAGGACCCCACACUCGUCGACCCUGCUUUGGCACAUGCCCAUCUGCCCAAGAACCUGCAACCGAGACAAGGGGACAGUGAGGGGCUGGGCUCAUGCUCCUGCUGAGGCGCUGCAGAGGGGCAUGUGCUUGCUGAGGCGCUGCAGAGGAGCAUGUACAUCCCAGAACCUCUCUUCUUGCGUCUCUGCAGAUACAGAAGUGUUUCAAACUGGCAGUCUAGUCUACACAUAGGCGUUCCACUCCAGCACCCUACAAGAUUUGCCUUCCCAGC